GUCACGCCUCUUUACGUCAUAACGGUACACGCCUUCUUCUGUCUGUGUUGGUACUUGCAAAUCCGGACGUAACCAACGCCUAGUCGGCGGAGAAAAACAAUGCAGACGAUUAAGUGCGUGGUGGUCGGGGACGGAGCUGUUGGGAAAACCUGUCUCCUAAUCUCCUACACAACCAACAAAUUUCCUUCCGAAUAUGUUCCCACGGUAUUUGAUAAUUAUGCUGUGACUGUUAUGAUUGGCGGAGAACCUUAUACAUUGGGCCUUUUUGAUACUGCUGGCCAGGAGGAUUAUGACAGACUCCGGCCUCUCAGCUACCCACAGACCGACGUCUUCCUUGUCUGCUUUUCUGUUGUCUCGCCCUCCUCCUUCGAGAAUGUCAAAGAGAAGUGGGUGCCAGAGAUCUCCCACCACUGCCCACGCACUCCGUUCCUGCUGGUGGGCACCCAGGUGGAUCUGAGAGACGACAGUAACACAGUGGAAAAACUGGCAAAGAACAAGCAGCGCCCUCUAUCACCCGAGAGUGGAGAAAAGCUGGCUAGAGACCUCCGCGCUGUCAAAUACGUGGAGUGCUCCGCCCUCACCCAGAGAGGACUGAAGAACGUGUUUGAUGAAGCCAUCCUGGCAGCUCUUGAGCCUCCAGAGACCAAGCCAAAGAAGCGUUGUGCUCUGCUGUAGAGGAGAUGACGCUCCCAGUUAGCCCAGAGAUAGGGAGAGUUAGCUGGCAGACUGGGAGAACUUAACAAACGUGACAACAACAGCAGAGACACAUGCCUCCUGCUUUUAAUCUGUCAAGACCUAAAGGAGACUUGUAACGGAGGAUCCUGUUGUUGUUAUUGCAUUUGACAAGACCAUAUCUGAGACCUUCUAACUCCUGCAUUCAAAUGUAUUCAUGUAGGUUCAUGUCAGAAUAAUUGUCAUUUUGGUGGGAGGUUGACACCUGCAAAUAAUCUUUGUAGACUAAUUUCUGCCCUUUGUCUUAUGUUGUGUUUGGGACAUCUACAGCUUCCUUUCAGAGCUGGAUGGUGGAUCCCAACACUGGAUUAAAACUGUCUGUUGCUUUGUUUUGUCAGAGUGGGUCUCCUGCACAGUGUUUGUAUAGAUGUGAGGGUUUCAUAGUCGUAGGCAGGAGCUGUCAGAAUGGCGUGUUGGAUAACAGGUCACCGCCACAGUCAUCCGCUGUGCCUUGCCUGCACCCAUUCAGUGACAAUGGUGUUUCUAAGCCCCAGUUCAUGCAGUACCCAAAGCAGCCUACAGGGUGCAGCAUUUCCUGAGUGAGGCCCUCAAUAUAAUGUACUGUAAUAAAGGUGUUUUCUCCCUUUCAGGUUAAUGAGUUUAGAGGUGAUAUGGUUUGAAACCUUUUUUGUUUUCCUUUUAAUAGACCUAUUUUUUGAUUGUGAUUUACUGAUGUAACAGUUUGAAAUGUGCUAUUUUUAAAUAACAGUUUAAAAACAAAGUAUACAUUUAAACUGGCCUUUAAAACUUUAGUUCAGCUCUGUGAUGUUUGUAUCUCACUAUAUUUGUAAUAAAAGUGAUACAACUCA